AUGAUGCUCGCGCUCACCUUCACCUGCCGCGCGCUGCUCCUCUUCCUGCUCUCGGAGUCGGUUCAGGGCGACAGGAAAGCGCCUUUCCUGAUCACAGAAAACAUGUGGCCUCGUGGUUGUGUCCUGGACUGCCAGAGGGGGCGCCACAGAGCCGUGUGUGGCAGCAACGGCAGGUUGUAUAAAUCGCUGUGUGCCUUCCAGAGGGCCCAGUGCAUCAACACACAGCUCCGCCUCGCUCCACAAGCUCACUGCUCAGAUCCAAGUCAGUCCAAAUGCCAGCUGGUCCGGGCUCAGGCUCUGGAGGCCAGCAUCCACAGCAGUGGCGGCCACGUUAAUACCGUAGCUGCCAUCUUUGUGCCAGAGUGCAGUCCAGAUGGUCACUUUCUGCCGGUUCAGUGCCACAACCAGACCGGAUACUGCUGGUGCUCCCUGCCGGAUGGCAAACCUGUCAGCGGGACCUCAGUCCUCCAUCUGAUCCCCGACUGCACAGAGCACAUCACCAAGCUGACUCAGAACACGGAUGCAGAUUCAGCUUCAGUUAAAGAUGAAGUUGGUGAACCUGAGCCUACGCUGGACCCCAGAAAACCUGCAGAGCUGACCGCUCCUCCGUUCUGGGUGACCAUCCUGAUGAACUCUGACCCCAAAGGAAACCGCUCAGUCCGACGACCCACGGACAGUCCUCAGACGUGUGAGCUCGAGCGAGCAUCGCUGCUCUCUCAAAUGAGUUCAGACUGGAAAGAAGAGCGUUUCAUCCCAGAAUGCACUGCAGACGGCCGUUACAGCCCGGCACAGUGUCACGCUGCUACAGGUUACUGUUGGUGUGUCAGAGUGGACAGCGGCCGGCCGCUACCAGGCACCUCUGCAAGGAAUCGCAUCCCAGAAUGCACUGGGGCAGAGGAGGCACCGACAGACAGAAGGCACAGGGAAAAACCUCUUCCUGGAUGUCCCGGAGCUCGGAAGAAGCAGUUCCUACAGAGUCUGGUUAGAGCUCUGCAGCUGGAAGCAGAGCAUGCUGGGAAUCUGAGUCCUGACCAGCCCUCAAACACACCUCCCUCCAGCUCUACUUUUACAUCUCUCAACACUCCAUCCCCCUCCUCCCCGUCCUCCUCCGCUCUGGAGGUCCCUUCUCCUGCUGCUCUGGAGGCUGUAGAGUCCUCAAGCCCAGAGGUCGUGCUGCGGUGGCACUUCAGACAGCUGGACGUGGACUCCAACGGGAUGCUAAGCGAACGCGAAGCUCGAUCUCUUCGUCAGUUUCUGCGACAGAGGCUGAGGCCACGACGGUGCGCCAAGAAGUUCGCUGAGUACUGUGACAGAGACGGAGACCGAGGCCUGACGCUGGUGGAGCUGAGGGUCUGUCUGGGCCUCUGAGAGAACAACAGGACAAAUCACACCGAUGCCAAAGGCCAGCCUCUUCUACUGCUUCGCUGUCACCUUUCAAGGUUUUAUCUAUUCACCCAUAAAAUUAUGGAUAUCUCAUUGCUCACAUGCUUUUCAACGAGCACUGAUUUAAAGCCAAGGUCAGCCUCCUGGCUUUUUAGGAUCCAUAAUUAUUCUCUUAUCAUUUUCACUCCCUCCGCAGACUGCAGUAGCUCCACAUAACAGGCAAAGAAACACAACUGCAGCAUUUUUAAAUGAACAUAGAAUGACCUUCUUCAGACCUUCUUCUUCUUCUGGUAGUGUCAAAAUACUGAAUCUAUGAUAUAAUCCUUGUGCCUCGUUUCCACGUAGCUCUGCGUGCGAGUCAGGAGGAGGUCCAUUCUUACCUUUGAACAUCUCCGUGAUCUCUGAUGUCUUUG